AUGCGAUGUGCCUCCUUGCCCGGAAGAGAUGAUGAUCCGUCGUCUUCACUUCCGAUCGCUCAGCCGAUCCCAUCGACAUCUCAGCUGGUCGAUGAUGAGUGCGCUCGACGAUCGAUGGCGCUCGCAUGUGCGGCUCUUGUUGACAAUCUUGGCUUCUCGCAUUGCGCGGCCACCUCGUUGGACACCCUCUCGGCGCUCUCGAUUUGCUAUUUGGAGAAGUUCUGCCUUCAAUUGCACAACUAUACUGAACAAGGUGGCCGAACACGACCUACCAUCAACGAUGCUCAACACGCUUUUCAAAAGAUGCGUUGUGAUAUGCAAGAAAUCACCGACUAUGUGACGUUAACGGCGCAAACACGGAGGACAAGAGAACCGCCUUUGUUACCAGUGAUUGGUUCAUCAUCGGCGAGGGAUUUAGCGCCGAACGAGCCGAUUCCCGAAAGAGAUUUACUAUUGAUGGAAAGAGGCAAUCACAUUCCUGAUUGGGCGCCCGAGUUGUACAAGAAAGAGAUUACAGUGGAACUCUUGGAGACGCGUCGACAAAAGCAACGAGAAGCCGACAGAAAUCGUCAAGAAGCUUUCCCGGACCGUUCGCAGCUAAACGACGAUUUUCCCGACUUCCUCUCGAAAGACAUCUUCUCGUUGGGAUUGCAUCAAGCGACUAUAAAGAGUGAACCACCACCAUUUCGGAGCAAAAUCCAUCAACCGCUGUCGAUCGAUGUGCCCGAAACGCCUCAGUACGCUUCCGAGUUGCUGCAUCACACGAUUUUGGCGGGUCAAUCUACCGCCUCACCACGUGCACCCGUUUUACGGCUAAAGAUCAGAAAGUCGGAUUCUUGCGACGUCUCAUCGCUGGCUGUUUCUCCAUUCUCUCCACUGACACCCACCUCGGCGCCACCGAAUUUUCAACAACGAGACAUUUUUGCGAACGAUUACCACAGAGAAGGCGGUUUGGCAAGGGUCAAGGAAGAGAGCGGCUCCACGGACUCUCUGGCGUCACCGCGAUCCGUUUUUUCAUCUCAAUCUCAGUCACCACUUCCAUCACCGUUCCAAAUCCCGGCUCUACCGAAGAAAGCGCGAGGACGACCGCCAAAGAAAGUCGCAAUCAAGAAAUUGCCGGUUAAGAUUACGCCCACUCCAAUUGAAAGCGAGACGCCGACGAAUCGCCGACGUCGAGAGCACCGGCCGCCGAAAAAGUACUUGGAUUUCGAAUCUGAUCUUCCGCCAUCGUUGAGUGGACGAAAAAGAACGGCUUCCGGUGUGGACUCAUCACAGGAUUCCUCUCGAUUCACCCAACCACCGAACAAGAAAGCGAAACAGAAUCGUCUCUCAUUGCCAGCUAAAACAACACCGUUCAAUCAAAUGCCACAGCAAAAGAAACCUCCAGGCCGGUCCUCGUCUCGAGCGAUCAACCAGCGACGCGUCUCGUUGCCGGUGAUGUCCGUCGUGAACCAAGAGGAGAAAUCGGUGCCCCCGCUUCGUUUAUCCUUUCCGAGGCAUACGAUCGAUCACAUCAAAGAAGAUGACGAGAGAGAUGAGGAUGAUGAAAGUGGAAAUGAUGACGAUAUGCAGCUGGAUCAGGGAGAAGUCGUCGAAGAGGAGGAGAAUGAGAAUCUCAUGGAAGAAGCAGCUCCGGUUCGCGGCCCUCCCCUCAAAUUGCGCAUCUCAUUCGGUGGAGCGAGCACUCGGAUGACAAUCGAUGAUCCAACGCUUCCUUCGCCGGAACCCCGAAUGGCCAUCGAUAUCGACGUGGGCACGAAGAAUGAACACGAGAAAGGUGAAGCCAGGAAUUUGGAACAAGAGAAAGGACAACAACUGGAAGCUAAUGAUGCGGACGCGGAAAAUGUGGCCGAUGAGGGGAUCUCACCAUCGAUCCCCGACACUCUUGACAAUUUACUGCACCAAGUGGAUCGAAACUCG